GUGAGUAUUGAAUAUCUUUCUUCAUUUUUAUAAUGGUCCAAAAUAGAUGUUAUAGAGUCCACUCCAAGGUUGCCAUGCCACCUAGACGUCCAUUCGAAAAGGAACGUUUGGACAGAGAAUUGAGAAUGUGCGGAAAGUACGGUUUGAAGAACAAGCACGAAAUCUGGAGAGUCCAAUACUACCUUGCUCGUGCUCGUAAGACUGCUAGACAUUUGCUCACUUUGCCAGAAGAUGAUAUCAAGAGACAAUUCGAAGGUGCUGCUUUGUUGAGAAGAAUGACCAGAUUAGGUUUGUUGGAUGAAUCUAGACAACAACUCGAUUACAUCUUGUCCUUGAAGGCUGAAGACUUGUUGGAAAGAAGAUUGCAAACCAUCGUCCAAAAGCUCAACUUGUCCAAGUCUAUUCACCACGCUAGACAACUUAUCUUCCAAGGUCACAUCAGAGUUGGUAAGCAAACUGUCAAUGUUCCAUCAUUCACUGUUAGAGUUGACUCUGAAAAGCACAUUAACAAGUCACCUUUCAGCGCUUUAGUUCAAGGUGGUAAGCCAGGUAGAAUGACCAAGAGAAAGAACAAGAAGUCAGAAUAAAUAAAUUAACCAAAAAACACAUUAUUUCAU